AUGCCUCGCCAAUUCUUCGUCGGUGGUAACUUUAAGAUGAACGGUACUGCCGAGAGCAUUACCUCCAUCAUCAACAACCUUAACAAGGCCAAGCUCGACGAGUCCUCUGAGGUGGUCAUCUCCCCUCCCUCCCUCUACCUGCUCACUGCCCGCGAGGCUGCCUCCGACAAGAUCGGCGUUGCCUCCCAGAACGUCUUCGACAAGCCCAACGGUGCUUUCACCGGUGAGAUCAGUGUCGAGCAGCUCAAGGAUGCCAAGAUCAACUGGACCAUCAUCGGCCACAGCGAGCGCCGUGUCAUCCUGAAGGAGAGCGACGAGUUCAUUGCCCGCAAGGUCAAGGCCGCCAUUGAGGGUGAUAUCAGCGUCAUCUUCUGCAUCGGUGAGACUCUUGAGGAGCGUGAGGCCAACAAGACCAUCGAUGUUGUCACCAGACAGCUCAACGCCGUCGCCAAGGAGCUCUCCAAGGAGCAGUGGUCCAAGGUUGUCAUUGCCUACGAGCCCGUCUGGGCCAUCGGUACCGGCAAGGUCGCCACCACCGAGCAGGCCCAGGAGGUCCACGCUGCCAUCCGCAAGUGGCUCUCCGAGGCCAUCUCCGCCGACGCUGCCGAGAACACCAGAAUCAUCUACGGUGGUUCCGUCAGCGAGAAGAACUGCCGCGAGCUGGCCAAGGAGGCCGAUGUCGAUGGUUUCCUCGUUGGCGGUGCCAGCUUGAAGCCUGCCUUCGUCGACAUUAUCAACGCUCGUCUGUAA